UUGGGCUUAAAUUAAUCUUGUAGAUUCAGUUUGGAAAUGCCAAAAUCAGGCUUCAUUUAAAAUAUGGUAAAACCACUUGUCUAUUUUGACCUGUGCUAAUUGAUCAGAACAAUUUUACUGUACUCAAGAUUAGCAUAAUCAUGUAGGUAAUACCAUUUCCAACAUUGGUAGGUUAUAUACUUUAUUGGAUAACUGUGAGAAUUUUUACAGCCAAGAAUCUUGUAAAAAACAGCUAAUUUUCAUCGUUUUUGAGUCACCUACAGAUAUGCGCCCCGUUUAUUUGGCCCAAAACAAAUCGUAUUGUUAGGUACUUUAUUACAGUCGGAAUUAAACUACAAAUUUCCCCUAGUCUAAAGUUAUUAUACUGAGACUGAAAUCCAACUUUAGAGGUCGCACUCACCUUGCCACUGAAACUGACAGUAUUAACAGCACAUUUCCUGAUAAAGUGUUGCUGAUACCACAUGAGAUGUUGCAAGUUAUGUACAUACACCUUUUAUUGGUUUAGUACAGAUGAACUAACAUGACUAAGGAACAAAUUUACUUUUAAAGUAAACUAUCAUAAAAAUACUGAAUGGUUGAACUGGACAUGUCCGAAAAAGGUUGGAAAGACAAGAUUAUGAUACAAGGAAGCAAUUGACAUUACAGUAUCCUCUGAUAUCUACUGUACCCACUCAAAAUUUAUACAAUAAUACAUUCAAUACUAGUAGAAUCAUACAUACCAUCUGUGCAUUGAAUGUGGAUCAUUAUUUUGGUGACAUUCUGAAGGAAUCUUUUUCCAUGAGCAAUGUAAAUCUAUUAUCACAGGAGUUGUGAUGUUAAAUGUUUAAAAGUGGAUGACCAAGGAAUAUAAAGUUUAUGUUAUAUAUCAGAUGUGACUGGAAUGUGAAUAGAAAACACUCACCUGUUGCUUUUGACAAUAGAUCAAUGAUACAAUGUGUGGACACAACCGAUUGAGGAUGUUUCUUAUGUUUAUUUGUUGUUAUAUGUUGAGCAACAUUCAACUUGUAAUUUGUGCACAAAUAACACUAAGGCCUCAGAAUGUGAUCAUUUCUGCUGGUAUGGAAGCAACUUUUAAAUGCAUUGUCAGAUUGAGUCGUGAUAUAACAGACGGUGAGCUGGCAUAUGAUGUUGGAUGGUGGUCAGGUGGUAUUAGUAUUGCAAAUGGAAAUGGUAUCCUCAUUAGAAAUAGAAGAUACUCGAUUAAUAGAACACAGGACUUAAAACCUGAGGGAAAAUAUGUCUACAGUACUUUAAAAAUUACUGAAGUGAAACAUGCUGAUGCUGGACACAUUAUAUGUGUGAUAAUUCAAGAAACAAAGAAUCAAGCUUCAGCCUGGCUUAUUGUGAAACAAGUUCCUGAACCACAGUGCAUGCCCUUGCCUAGAAGUGUCACAACCACAGAUGUUAUAACACUAUCUUGUAUGAUAGGACCAGGGAAUUACGUCACAAGGCUUACUUGGUAUGCAGGUGAUAAUACCGAUUACAUUAACACUAGAGUACUCAGUCAAACAACAGUAAAAUCAUAUUUAAAUAAUACUGUAGCUGUCACAAACUAUGUAAAUGGAACCAUCUUUAAGUGUGUGGCAGAAGAACCAAAUGACAGAAAAUUGACAGAAACCUGUUCAACAAAUCCACUGAACAUUGUUGAGAAUGAAGUUAAAGUUCAUGCACUCAGUUUACUGCCUUUGACUGCAGGCAACCAAGCAUGUUUUGAAUGCACAAUAUUUUGUGUUGAUUGUGUUGGUUUGCGUCUAUACACAUGGGCAUUCAAUGGGUCAGCAAUUCAGUCACCAACAUCGAAUUAUAACAGAAUUUGCUUUACAAGUGUCCCUUUAAUUGAUGAUGGCCAACCAUUAAGAUGCACCGCAAGUUUUGGAAUUGAGAUAGGAGUUGAUGAGCUUGUGCUCCAGGUAGUCAACACUAUGACGACAGAUGUGCUCCAGGUAGUCAACACUAUGACGACAGAGAGUCAGCAUCCAACAGCAAUGACACACACUAUAAUAGAUAAGCUACCAAAUUUAAGAUAUAAUUCAUGUAUUACUCCAAUCAUUGUAACAAUUGUCAGUAUGUUGUUUCUUAUAUUACUCAUCAUUAUUGGAUUUAUUAUCUUCUAUAAACGACAAAUUAAUUCAAAAACCAUGGCCGAGAACUUAUCUGAAGAAUAUCAGGUUCCUGAUAACACACAUGCAAGAAAACGAAAGGGCAGACAUAAUUCAACAGACAGCAGUCCCAAUGUCUUGACCAACUCGAUGUACCAACAAUUGAAUUUGAACCAAAUUCAAAGUGAAGAAACCUUAAUGCAGGAGCAACAUUAUAUAAAUGUUAAAUAA